AUGCUGAUCACCGUGUACUGUGUGCGGAGGGACCUCUCCGAGGUGACCUUCCCCCUCCAGGUCAGCCCUGACUUUGAGCUCUGCAAUUUCCACGUCCUCUGCGAGCUCGAGUCCGGCAUCCCGGCCCAAGAGGUCCAGAUCAUCCACAUGGAGCGACUCCUCUCCGAUGACCACUGCUCCUUGGGCUCCUACGGCCUCAAGGACGGCGACGUCGUUGUUUUGCUUCAGAAGGAGUACGUGGGGCCUCGGUCCCCGGGGCGGACUCAACACCAGCCUCGGGCAGAUGUCGGCGGCGUGGCCGUGCCCGGGACGUCGUCGAGCUCCCGGCGGCCACAGCACCGGCCGCCGCAGUCCCACGGCCUGGCCUCCGGAACGAAGGCGGCAUCCGCUCGAGGUCUGGACAGCCCCGGCCUGCUCCGCAGCAUGCUGCUGUCCGAUGCCCACCACCUGUCCCUGCUGAAGGAACGCAACCCCCGCUUGGCAGAAGCGCUGCUCAGCGGAAACCUGGAGACGUUUUCUCAGGUCCUGAUGGAGCAGCAGAGGGAAAGCGCCUUGCGAGAGCAGGAGAGGCUUCGUCUCUAUUCUGCUGACCCAUUCGAUCGGGAAGCUCAGGCCAAAAUAGAGGAAGACAUCCGACAGAAGAACGUUGAAGAAAACAUGACCAUAGCGAUGGAAGAGGCUCCGGAGAGUUUCGGACAAGUGGUGAUGCUCUAUAUCCACUGCAAAGUGAAUGGGCAUCCUUUGAAGGCUUUUGUUGACUCGGGCGCCCAGAUGACCAUUAUGAGCCAAGCCUGUGCGGAGAGAUGUAACAUCAUGAGGCUGGUGGACCGACGGUGGGCUGGGGUCGCUAAAGGCGUGGGCACGCAGACCAUUAUUGGCCGCAUUCAUCUAGCUCAGAUUCAAAUCGAAGGCGAUUUUUUACAAUGCUCUUUCUCUGUCCUGGAGGAGCAGCCCAUGGAUAUGCUUCUAGGGUUGGAUGUGCUCAGGAGACAUCAAUGUUCCAUUGAUUUGAAGAAAAACGUGCUAGUGAUCGGCACCACCGGCACACAGACUCCCUUUCUUCCUGAGGGAGAGCUACCCUCAUGGGCUAAGAUGAUGAAUGGCCCUGGGCAAGAAGAGUCUUCAGACAAGGAAGUAGCAGAUACUAUUAAACAGUCAGUCAAGGAUUCAGGACGAAAAAAGCAUUAA